AUCCGGCGCUUGUCGGACCCGAUGAUUUCCGAAAACAGCCGAACACAUGCGCAGAAAUCAAUACCGCCAUACUUGAAAAGCUCGGGGCAUUUGAUGGGUCCGUCGAGAGUGCAAAUAGAAAAAAUAUAGAUAAAAAAAGUUGUACCCGGUGGAAGAUAUAGCAAUCUGGUGGUCCAGCACCGAGACAGUGCAUCUGGACGCAGCGUCGUCGAGCCAGCUAGUGACAGGAGGAUUGUUGCGGGACAAUGGAGCCCUGAAGACAAGUGCUUUCUCUGAUUGACAAUAGUGCGACAUUGAGGAGAAAUCAAGGAGAACAUGGAUGAAAACCUUAGCCGGGGUUACGUGCAGCUUGGCAAAGCAAGGGGUAUGAACGAGUUCAAGUCCAACAAUGGGCUCAAUCAUCUCACACCCCCGGUUGAUCGCUAUGGCUUUAUUUAUCUUGCUCUUAUACUUGCUGGUGUGGGAUUCCUUUUACCGUAUAACAGCUUCAUCAGCGCCGUUGACUACUUCCAAACUCGCUACCCAGGCACAACGAUCGUCUUUGACAUAUCUGUUGUUUAUAUAACAAUGGCAUUUUUCGCUGUUUGUGCUAACAAUAUUCUUGUAGAGACUGUUUCCCUCAAUACGAGGAUAAUCUUUGGAUAUUUAGUGUCCUUCUUUACACUCCAAUUCGUGCUUGUCUCAGAGAUCUGGUGGGAACUCUUUGAGGUGACUUCAUCAUACACUAUCAAUUUGAUUGCUGUCGCUGUUGUGUCAGUUGGGUGCACAGUGCAACAAUCGAGCUUUUAUGGAUAUACUUCGAUGCUACCGAGCCGAUAUACACAGGCAGUAAUGACUGGAGAAAGUGCUGCUGGUCUCUGGGUGUCAAUGAAUCGAAUAAUAACAAAGUCCCUAGUGCACGACGAGCGUAGAAACACAUCAAUGUUCUUCGCCCUGUCCAUCAUGACGAUAGGUUUUUGCUCAAUUCUCCACAGGAUUCUGAGAAAAACAGACUUUGUGAAGUUCUACGUGAACCUCUGUCAAGAGCGAAAUACAAUAACCUUAGAGCCCACCGAAGACGUUGGACUAAUGGAUCCACUGGACCAGGUAGGGGAGCUGUCCAAAGGUCAGUACGGAGUUCUGAAACUCCAGACGAGUCCCCUAGGGCCAGAAGCUACCUCUGGAGACGCCAGUGGGGCGCAGUACUCAGCUUUCUCAUUCAGCAAUCCGGUUUAUGAACCCAACGCACCAUCUGGAAAUGCCCCUGGAAGUGCUGGACCCACUUACAAGGUUGAGGAUGUCGUUGUGAUGAAGGGGACUUUUGGGGGACAGGGGGGCAAACCCUGGUCAGGAAUUAAACGAGGGCUGCUAGCAAGACUGGAAGUCGCAAAGCUCAUCUUCCCCUACAUGGGAAGUAUUGGUAUAGCGUACUUCGUGACCCUUAGUCUCUACCCGGGGAUCGUCUCAGAGAUAAUUUCCUGCAAGUUCGAGUCCUGGAUGCCAGUGAUUUUGAUGGCGACAUUCAACGGAGCGGACCUUCUCGGCAAAAUGCUGGCGUCGAUCCCCUACGAAUGGACACGAAGUCAACUACUCUACUUUGCUAUAGCAAGGGUAGUUCUCAUUCCCCUGUUCCUCCUGUGCGCGAUACCCAGACAGAAUCCCAUUCUCGCCGGUGAGGGAUACCCCCUGCUAUUCUCCUGGUUCCUCGGGCUGACUAACGGGAUCGUGGGGAGUGUACCCAUGAUCCAGGCACCCAGUAAAGUUCCCGAACAGCACCGGGAACUCACCGGCAACAUCAUGACUCUGUCCUACACCACUGGACUCACCCUGGGAUCGCUUCUCGCUUACGUUCUCGACGCCUUCCUUCGCCAGCCCAUUACCAUCAAGCAACUCUGCUCCAAGGCACUACCAACGAGUGUCAUCGAGUCAUUUAACUCCACUACGACGACAGUGACAAUGAUUGCAAGUACCACUCAAGCCACUGUAAAGAAAAUUACGAAAAUUCCAAGCCUGAGGAACACUGCAACCACUGCAUUGACGGCUUUUUUUACUACAUCAGUCGUUGCUAAUACGACUGGUGGUUUACUCGAGACUGUUGCCUUUAAUUCCACGACGGCUAUACCCGUGGUACUCUCUAAUGCAUCAUCCACCAUUAGUAAUGCUAUCCUUCAGCAUUAAAGGGUGAUUUUAUUUUGGGGAACAUUUUUCGAUUUUUCUUCGUUGAGUUUUCAUGAUUUUAGGUGUCUUUUAUUUCUACUUCCAGUACAAAACACACAUAUCUGAGGUUUUUGUGGAUUCUUUGGAGAUUGAUUGUAAUGCAUAGUGUUGGGGGGGAGGGGGGGCUGGAAGGGUAGAUAGUAGGGGGUGAUUCCGGAGGAAAUUGAACUUGGGAGCUUGAGGAGAAAAUUGGAAGAUAGUGAGGGUCGUCAGGAUAAUUAGAAAUGUUUAGGGAUGUUGACGAUUAAUAUUCAACGAUGGUUGACAAUGGCUGUUGGAGAUAUUGAGGAUAUCCAAGUAGCUUUUGCCUUUCUAUUUAUUUUCUUCUUUGUUUUGUAGGAUAUUGUUCCUUAGUAAAGCUUUAAAUAUGGAUAGGAUUGUUUACUAAAUGUGGGAAAUAUGGGUGAAGGAGAGUGUUAAUUAUGUGUUAGUUAUUCAUAAAAAAUAAUUUUAUCUUUAGAAAAGAUGGUUUAAAAAUGUUUUUUGUCAAACUUUUGUAUUGUUCGUAUGUGACUGUUUCCUCGGAUAUCCUCAAUGAAAAAAUCAUUGGGUUUUUCCACAUAUAUCUUCCUUAGAAAUUUUUAUCAUCCGUCGAAUUAAAGUUUCCCUCAGUUAUAUCGUGAUUGAACUAAAAUCUAGCCAACUGUGGGAAAUAUUAUUUUUUUAAUAAUAAGUAAAUCAAUAAUAAUAACGAGGCUAAAAAUCAUUCCCUGAUUCGAUAAAAACACCAAUGUAUUUUCGAAAUUCGAAAUAUUGGAGGUAUGUUUUAAUGAGGACAAAUAAAUUACGAACUAAGUCGUUAUUGCGAGUUAAUUAAUGUUCGAAAUGAAAAUUGCACCUUUAAAAUGGGUAAAUAAUUAUUAUUGUAUGUAUAAAAAUGAAAUCACAUAAAUAAUGAUAAAUGAAAAAUCAUUGAAUUGAAAUAAUAAAUAAAAUCUCGUUAAAAAAAUUGAUAAUUCAAUGAAUACUCUCCUCAAUUCUACGGGAUUGAUCCAACACUGCGACUUUUACGGGAGACACUUCCACAUUAUGUUGGUAAUUACAAUGGCAUUGUACUUGUUGAUAACGUUCUAAGUUCGUGAGAUGAAUAUUGUUUAUCGAGAGCCUGUGGUUAUUCGGUAUGUACAAAUAAAGUAAAUCUAUGAUGAUUUA